AUGAGGUUUGUCCCCUCCCCGCUCAGAAAUAACCCUGCCUCGGGCAACAGAGGGGCUGCUUCUCACGGCGGUCGCAAGCGCUCGCGCACCGGUGGUGAUGAUGGCACCUCUCCUGUCGGCCUCGUCUCCAGUCCCAUGCCGUCGUCUCCCCCCGCGCCGUUUGCCAUCGCCCACGGCAUCGACGACAACGACGAUAUUGAGGAGGAGCAAGAGAUUCAGGACGACAUUGACGACCUUGAUGAGAUGGCCGACGAUGAUGUCGAUCUUUUCCGGGAAGGGUAUGAGGCGGAUUAUCGAGACAGAGAGGGUGACGAGUACGACAAGGCCGACCUUGAUGAUGAGGGCGACUACGACGACAUGGACUUCGGCGCCAGACGACGCCUCGAGGCACAGCUGAGCCAACGCGAUCGCGAGGUUGCUCGCCGACAACGUAUCCCCGCUGCUUUCCUCCCUGGCGAAGACGACGAUGGCGAUAUCGAUCUCACUGCACAGCCCCGCCGCAGACGCCAUCACUACGAUGAGGACCCUGACGAUGACAUGGACGGCGACAUUCUGGAAGAGGAGCUUUCACUCGAGGCCCUUGGCGACGUCAAGGCAGCCAACCUCACGGAGUGGGUAUCGCAGGCUCCUGUGCAGCGUACUAUCCGUCGCGAGUUCAAAGCUUUCCUCACCUCGUACACGGACGCGUCUGGCUCCUCCGUCUACGGUAACCGCAUUCGAACGCUCGGUGAGAUCAACGCCGAGUCGCUCGAGGUCUCGUACGAACACCUGUCCGAAAGCAAGGCUAUUCUUGCAUACUUCUUGGCCAAUUCUCCCGCCGAGAUGCUCAAGCUCUUGGACGAGGUUGCCAACGAAGUUGUUCUUCUGCAUUACCCCGAUUACGAGCGCAUUCACAAGGAGAUUCACGUGCGCAUCUUUGACCUCCCUGUUCACUAUACCCUGCGUCAGCUCCGCCAAUCUCAUCUCAAUUGUCUUGUUCGCGUCAGCGGUGUCGUGACUCGCCGCUCUGGCGUCUUCCCGCAGCUCAAGUUAAUCAAGUUUGACUGCGCCAAGUGCGGUACGACUCUAGGACCGUUCCAGCAAGAAUCCUCCAACGCCGAGGUCAAAAUUACGUACUGCCAGAACUGCCAGUCGCGAGGACCGUUCACGCUCAACUCGGCGGAGACCGUCUACCGCAACUACCAGAAGCUGACUCUCCAAGAGUCUCCUGGUACCGUCCCCGCUGGCCGCUUGCCCCGCCAGCGAGAGGUCAUUCUCCUGUCAGAUCUGAUUGACACAGCUAAGCCUGGUGAGGAGAUUGAAAUAACAGGCAUCUACCGCAACAACUACGAUGCUCAGCUCAACAACAGAAAUGGUUUCCCAGUCUUCGCCACAGUUUUGGAAGCCAACAACUGCGUCAAGUCGCAUGAUCAGCUCGCCGGCUUUCGCCUCACCGAGGAAGACGAGCAUGCUAUUCGUAAGCUCGCGCGCGAUCCCAAUAUUGUGGACAAGAUCAUCAACUCUAUUGCACCUAGCAUCUACGGCCACAGUGAUGUAAAAACGGCUGUUGCUCUGUCACUUUUCGGUGGCGUUGCGAAAACCACAAAGGGCGCGCAUCAUAUCCGCGGCGAUAUCAAUGUCCUCCUUCUCGGUGAUCCUGGUACUGCGAAGUCUCAGGUCCUCAAAUAUGCUGAGAAGACGGCCCACCGAGCUGUGUUUGCCACCGGUCAGGGAGCCAGUGCUGUCGGUUUGACCGCCAGUGUGCGACGCGACCCGUUGACGAGCGAAUGGACUCUGGAAGGUGGCGCUCUUGUGCUCGCGGAUCGUGGCACAUGUCUGAUUGACGAGUUUGACAAGAUGAACGAUCAAGAUCGCACGUCUAUCCACGAAGCCAUGGAGCAGCAGACCAUUUCCAUCUCUAAGGCUGGUAUUGUCACAACCCUCCAGGCUCGCUGCGGUAUCAUCGCCGCGGCUAACCCUAUCGGUGGUCGCUACAACUCGACGAUCCCCUUCUCCUCCAAUGUGCAGCUCACGGAACCCAUUCUGUCCCGUUUCGACGUCCUUUGCGUGGUGCGCGACACGGUGGAACCCGCCGAAGACGAGCGUCUCGCGCGCUUCAUCGUGAAAUCGCACAGCCGCAGCCACCCUCUCGCCGAGGACCGGACGGAGGAUACGCAGGCCGCGGCCGGCGACGAGCAAGAAGAGGCGGAGCGCGCCCGCAAGGAUAAUGAGAUUCCCCAGCAGCUGCUGCGCAAGUACAUCCUGUACGCACGCGAGCGCUGCAAGCCCAAGCUGUACCACAUGGACGAGGACAAGGUGGCUCGUCUCUUUGCCGACAUGCGACGAGAGUCGCUGGCUACGGGCGCCUACCCCAUCACCGUUCGUCACUUGGAGGCCAUUAUCCGCACCAGCGAGGCGUUUUCCCGCAUGCGCCUCUCCGAGUACUGCUCCUCGCAAGACAUUGACCGCGCCAUCGCCGUCACGGUGGAGAGUUUCGUCGGCAGCCAAAAGGUCAGCUGCAAAAAGGCUCUGGCGCGGGCCUUUGCCAAGUACACCCUGGCGCGUCCAAACUCGCAGAAGAAGGGCGGUAACUCGCAGCGUCGACCUACUGCCGUCAUGACAUGA